AUGCAGACUGCUUCUACAAACAUUUGUGAAAGAAUGGAUCACUCUCAGGAGCUUGGUGAAGUUAAGCUUGGUACCGUGAUAGGUUGCCACCUGUGCAAUAAGUCCAUCAGUGAAAUUUCCUUGCUAAUAAACAUUCCACGGUCAAAUGUUAGUGGUAUUAUGACAAAGUUAAAGCAACUGGGAACAACAGCAACUCAGCCACGAAGUGAGUUGGGGUCAGCAUAUGCUGAAGCGCACAGUGCGCAGCACUGUCUGCAGAGUUAGCAGCUAAAGACCUCCAAACUUCAUGUGGCCUUCAGAUUAGCACAACAACAGUGGGUAGAGAGCUUCAUGGAAUAGGUUUCCAUGGC